AAUUCAAUUUAGUUUUCUUUCCAUCUAUGUAUUUUCCUUUUUUUUUUCUCUUUUUUGCUUUGAACGUUUUUUUUCUUGUUCUUUUCAAUUCAAAUCAACUUUAUAUUUAUUUAUUAAAUUUAUUAAUAAAUUACAUAUAAGGUAAGAUUUGAAUUGAUUUAGAACUUUUUUUCCUAACUCAAAUAAGGAUUUUAAUUAAUUUCAAAGUUCUAAUAUUAAUAACAACUAAAUAAUAGUUUAAGGAAAAUAGUGAAAAGAUGAUUCUGUCUAGAGAGGAGACUUUUAAUGAAGAGUAAAAAGUUCAUCACUUUCUUAAGACUCUUCACACUUUUAAUAUAUUAUAGAUUAUAAAUAGAUAUAGAUAUAGAUGGAAUAUAGAUUAUAGAUUAUAGAUAUAGAUAUUCUUUUAAAGAAAUUCUAACUUUUUAUUUUCAUAAAAUAAUUAGUUUUUUCAUGAAAUUCUAUUUUUUUUUGGAAAUUUAUUUUCACUUUAGUAUUUUUGUAACUUAAAAAAUACUCCAUUUCUCCAACACUGUGGCUAAACAGAACUGUAACUCUAUUUUCGACUUUAAAAGUGAAUACAUUUUUUUUUUCAAUUUUCUAAAAUUAAAUCCAUCCCCACCCUCGGCCCCUCCCCUCUUCGUUUCUCGUUUUUUUUUUCUGAUACUUCAAAACUUGCUGAACUUUCGCACUUUGACUGCAUAACCUGUGCACCUUUAGCUUAGUUAUGAACCCGCCAUUUCAGUUGAUUAUAAGAAUAUCAAGACAGAAUGAAUCAGUGAUACAACGGUUGAGAAAAAUUACAAUUACUGUUGGGGUAGCCACAUAUAGUUAAAAGGGUGAUCAAUCGAGCACCUUUUCUCGAAAAAUUAUACAAUCGAACACCGUUAGUCGGAAAAUAAUUUGAAGUCGGAGUAUAUAAGUCAAAAAUUCUUCUUCACAGGCAUAUGUUAAAUCGUGAACACCUUGAUAAACUUUCUGGCUUCACCACUUGUGAGUUAGAACCCACUAGCAAUGGACGGUCAGAAAAGCCAAAGGAGAAGUCAAUCUUCACUUCUUCGAUCAUCUCCCACUAUCCGGUCGUCCAUCCACAACGGAGAUGAUCAAGAGCCGGACAUUGAAGAACAGAAACCCCACAAAAUCGCCUCAACUCCGGUUCAACCGGUUUUAUCACCGUUCUAUUCCGGUCCAACCAUGAUAGCAGUUUCCUUUCUCUUUAUAUACGCGCUGUUCUAUUUCUUCAAGUUCAAGAAUCUGCUUCUAUCACUGAUUUUCAUUGCGAUUUUUCUGUUCCUCUCCAGAAAGUACAAGAGGAAACUUGGUUUAAUGUCCAAUAAUAGUACUAGUAAAGUGAAAUGGUUCAUCGGAGAGCGUAUAGAGAAGAAGAAGGCGAUAAUAGCAAAAGAAGGAGUAGAAGUUUACAACAAUGCGGAUGUAUAUGAAGGAGAAUUUCACAAGGGGAAGUGUAAUGGUAGUGGGGUGUAUACUUUUUCUGUGAAUGGUGGUAAAUAUGAAGGUGAUUGGGUUGAUGCGAAGUAUGAUGGAUAUGGGGUUGAAUGUUGGACUAGAGGGAGUAAAUAUAGAGGGCAAUAUGGGCAAGGAAGGAGACAUGGCUAUGGAGUUUACAAGUUCUUCAAUGGAGAUAGUUAUGCUGGGGAAUGGUGCAAUGGACAGAGUCAUGGAAUUGGGGUACAGAGUUGCUCUGAUGGUAGCUGUUAUAUUGGUGGAUUUAAAUGUGGUGUAAAACAUGGCCAUGGCUGUUAUCAUUUCAGGAAUGGGGAUCGGUAUGCAGGGGAAUACUUUGGAGACAAGAUUCAUGGUUUUGGUGUAUAUCACUUUGCCAAUGGGCACUGUUACGAAGGGUCAUGGCAUGAAAGUCGUAAGCAAGGUUACGGAAUGUACACAUUUAGAGAUGGUGACACAAGGUGUGGUGAAUGGGCCUCUGGCAAUCUCAUCACUCCAUUGCCCCCACUGACUGAUGUUGUCCUUCGAGCCGUUCAGGCAGCUAGAAAGGCAGCAGAGAGUGCAAUUAACAUACGUAGGGUGGAUAAUCAAGUGAACAAUGCAGUGAUGGCAGCAAACAGAGCUGCCACUGCUGCUAGAGUUGCUGCUAUCAAAGCUGUUCAAAAUAAGAUGCAUGGAGAAUUUUGUGACACUAAUAAGUAAAGUUGGAUAAUUGUACAUUUACUACAUAUACAAGUAGUAUUGCAAAGUAUACGAAUGAAUAUUUCAAAGCCACCCUGGCUCGCAAAAUGCUUUGCUGGAGGCUGAGUUUAAGAUGAGCUUUUCCCAA